AAACGCAUACCACGCCCUUCGGGGAUUCCCCAAUGUCAGUGCUGAGCGCUUACCCUCUCGCCUUUCAUUGCUCACGUGCUCACAACUAUGUAGGCUGACCUCCGUUUAUGAGCGUACCAAAUGUAUUUUAAAUCCUGUUGCUGAUUUUGAAGUAUUUUUAUGGUUUGAACUAAAUGGCCCAUUUUGCAUGUAUACGGUGUCGCAAGAUGACUUCACUUAUUUUCAUUUAACUGCAGUUGUGCGGGGAAAGAAAAGCGCUCGACCUGGUGGCAUGAAAAGCAACAAAGGAACAGUGAUUUCCUACUCUGGUGUGAUCGACUUUUCCACCGAGGACUGCUCCCACCAUCAAGCAACAGGUAGUUAUUUUAGGGUUUUAACCUAGCAAAGCCUACCUGGAGUGACUGCGGGCCGGGGUCCACCAUGGCAAGCGCUGAAGAUGCGAAUGGGAAAGUGAAUUUAUUGGAGGAGAACCGAAUAGACUCUGGUGUUGAAUCAUUACAAUAUUUUACGAAAGAUGAUCCCUAUAGCAAAACGGUAUGGGAUUCGACUUCUGAAUCAAGUGAAGCCAUGGACAAAUGUAGCAGCAACACAGAGGAGCGGUUGGAUUCUGCUUAUGGCUCGUCGUCACUAACUGUUGAGAAUUUCAGUGAGAUAAUAGAGGGCUGCAACAUUUCGGAGUCUGAAGAUGACAGUGCGAAGAAUACAGAAUUUGAACAUAAAGAGAACCUUCUCACCAACAUCACUGAAGAUGGAGACACACUCCUGCAUUUAGCCAUCAUCCAUGAAGAUGAACACUUCGCUCACCAAUUGAUACAGCUGUUCCCCAAAGAUGUCUUAGACAUUCAGAACAACUUGUACCAGACGCCGCUACACCUAGCCACCUACCUGAACCUUUCGUCGGUGGUGCGGGACCUGGUGGAGAGCGGGGCCAGCCUGGAUCUGCAGGACCAGGGGGGGAACACGCCGCUCCACAUGGCCUGUGAACAGGGCUGGGCCGAGUGCGCCACUGAGAUGAUCCGGAAUGUCUCCUCCAGCAAGCUGGCCCCUGUGCUCGAGUCCCAGAACUGGAGAGGUCUCACCUCUCUCCACCUAGCCACUGUGAACAGGCAGCAUCGUCUGAUAAAGCUACUGAUGACAAAAGGGGCAGACCUCAACAUCCAGGAAGGUACGAGCGGUAAAACACCUCUCCAUCUGGCAGUGGAGCUCCAUGACAUUGUCUCUAUGACGCUGCUAUUGAACAAGGGAGCCGAUGUGGACGUGCCGAUGUUUAACGGCUGCACACCACUUCACCUCGCCGUUGCCCGGCAGGACGCAGCCAUCGCCAACCUGCUCUGCCAAUCCGGGGCAGAUAAGAUGCUGAGGAACAUAGAGGAUGAGACGGCACUGGAUCUAGCUGGCGGCAAUGAUGAUAUCCUUGCUCUUUUCCCUUUUGAUGACAUCCAAAUCCAGGGCAGGUCAGUGGUUAGAGUACCAUUCUGACCGUGUACUUCUCUCACCACCUGAAUACUCUACAACAGGUGACAUUUGACCUCUUGAACAUCAUCAUGGAGCCUCGUCAGAAAAGUGUAGCUUUACAUCAAUCAUGUUUGUAAUUUUCUGUUUUAAAGGUGGUUUUUAAUUUACAUAAAUCUUCGCUGUAGGGUUAUUUAUCGUUGUUGUGCGGUGUGUGUGUAUAUGUGAAUGUGUGAACUCUUUAGACACUCACAUUGAAAAGUUGCUUAUUCUCUGCUAGCGAAGUGGUACAAAGUUGUCUGUCAUAUAAUUUGAUGGUUGAUACCUGUUUUCAAAUACAGAAAAAUCAGCAGGAGAAUCUAAUCUAGACUUAAAUAAAACAUUUUCUCAUACAAGGUAACUGAUUUACUUCCAAAAACAAGUGUAUGAAUAUGAGCAGAAAUAAUUAAAUUACAUUUUUUAAUUACCCUAUAAAGUACACAGGGAAUCUACCUCUUUAUCACGUGUGUGUAUAAUAACUGAUUUAUAGUGGGAAAUGUAGCUUCAACACAGAAAAUACAUUGCUGUCAUGCUAUAAAUGAACAUUGUUUCAGCUUGAAAAUGUUUUUGAAUUAUACUUUAGUCACUAAAUCUGUUAUGGAGAGAAGUUCUUCAUCAUAAUUUAAUAUCUUUCAUUGUAUGUUUCAGUUCUCGGUUUCUGCUUUGAAUGCAUUGCCUUUCCACUCUUGGUAAGACACAAUCAUAACAGCUGUAUUUUCAAUACAGUAAAAUCUUCCCUAUUUUACCAUCGUUCUCCUCCAUCUCUGAUAAAUCAGGUAUGAUCCUUGUUAUGGUGUACUGAAUCAGACUGGCUUGUUUAGAUGUUUAACACUUUCAAACUCUUAUAUUUUGUAAUAAAAUAAAUAAGAUUAUAGCUUCA